AUGGCUGGCGUAUGGAAUUCACAUGAUUCAGAUGAAGCCCAGUUAUUGGGUAAUGAAACCAAAAAACGACCUAAAAGAAAACAAGAUAAAAAGAAACAGAAGCCUAGACGUCGUUCAGUAUUUCAGAAUGGUUCCUCAGAUGAACACCACGAGGUUUUUGCACCUAGUCAUGGAGCUUUUGGAGCAGACAAUGAUAGGACUGAUUCAUGGGGUCUAUUGCAUGAUACUGAUGACGAAUCAACUACAGGAGUAUACGGGGGACACCACACGUUGUUUGGGUUUGGAACUUCCUAUAUAGAUCACAGACCGUCUAUGGCCAUGUUAGAAGCAACCCAUGGAGGCUCGGGAGGAUCAACAGUUUCUCAAAGGCGUCCCAGCACGGUUCCUCAUAACGGUAACUCUGGAGCUCCUAGUGCUGAUAGUCAACAUCACCAUGCAGCAACAGCAUCUGCCCGUUACAGAGAUCCGACAGCUCCUGCGAUACCGGAUCACCAUAGCACUGGUAGGAGGCGUUCAACCAAGGGUAUCACCCAGCCAGUUGAUAACUGGAGGCAAAACUUAAAGGAUUACGGUUCAAUCCCUUCUUAUCCAGCGGAAAGAAACACAGAAGAGUACUCACGUUCACGUGGGGGCGACGUUGUAAUUGAUAUGGACGAAUUGAUGGAGCACGUGCGCCACAAACGUGACCAAGAACAGCAAAUGUCCAAACAUGACUCAGAUGUCGAGACCGAGGAGUAUAACUCUCAACCUUCAUCUCGUGGUUCUAGUGCAUCUUCAUCUUUGGACGAUGUGUGUCUUCCAAUUGAUGAGGACAAUGCUAGAGGACUUAAGCAAUGGCCGGACGUGAGCGUUAUAGAAGAGUUCUCAAGAGAAGAGAUUGAAAGGCUAAAACGAGAGGCACUACAGGAUGCCGAGGACUUUCAUUACCAGUACUACAACGAUGAAGACAAUGAAACCACUGAUUCUGUCAGCGGUAUUGCGUUCACGAAACCUAUUAUAACCAAUAUAGAUGUCCCUGAACUUGGCAAUACCAGGGUUAAUGAAUCUGAACAUUUGCAUAAAGGAAGACUACGCCCCAAGAAACUGACACCGUGGCACUUGAAACGGGGAGAUGUUAACCUGCCAGGACUCGGUGCCCCUGGUGACCCGAACCCUAGCGGCAGUUACUCUGAAAUGGUACGGGAAGAUUUUUUAGUCGGCCGGAACAUCCAGUAUCCGCCUCGUAUUAUUUCCAACAACCCUGAAAUCUUUAGAUUCACCUAUUUCAGAGAGGAUUUAGAUUCAACCGUCCAUUCUCCUACAAUUUCUGGCUUGUUACAACCUGGGCAGAAGUUUGAAGACCUAUUUGUUGGAAGCUGUUAUUCUUCUAAUAGUCAAUCGUCAGCAGGGGAGCACAAUGUCCCAAGCAAUGCUAAUACUACCAAUGCUCAAGUUGCACAAGCUGCUCAUGCCGCCAGCGCCCUAUUGGAGUCACAUACACCUGUCGAGAACAAGUCUUUAUCUCCAUGCCAGGCGCCAAGCGCAAUUCAGCAGUCUCAGUCGUGGGAAUUAAACGAAGUUUUGCCAUUUUGGCUAGACGUUCUAAAUCCCACGGAAGAAGAAAUGAAAGUUUUGAGUAAAACAUUUGGGAUCCAUCCUUUAACUACCGAAGACAUUUUUCUUGGUGAAGUGCGUGAGAAGGUGGAGUUAUUUAAAGAUUACUACCUAGUGUGUUUUCGAUCAUUUGAUAUUGUCGCGGAACGGUCAAUCAGAAAAAAAAGGCAAAUGCAAGUACAGGAAAGCGUCUUCAGCGUUGGAGAUGACGCUAGCGACUUGGAAGAAAAUAGGGCUGGUUGGUUAUCUAGAUUAUUCAAAAUGCGUCGGAGAGGUUCAUCAACCAAAAAUGUUGCUAGUAGCACCUCUAGCUACCAACGAAAGGCCAAAAGGAAAGCAGAUAUAGACGAGAAGUAUAAAAGGAAAUCUGGUGACAGAAGGAGACCAAGAGAAGGGGAGCUAGAACCUUUAAAUGUAUAUAUCAUUGUAUUCCGCAAUGGUGUCUUGACUUUUCACUUUGCGCCAACCCCUCACCCUAUCAAUGUCCGGAGAAGGGCUAGAUUAUUGAAAGACUAUGUGAAUGUGACUGCAGACUGGAUUGCGUACGCACUAAUUGACGACAUCACAGACGCGUUCGCUCCAAUGAUUGAGCUAAUUGAGGAUGAGGUUUAUAACAUAGAAGAUUCCAUUCUAAAAAUGCACCAAGUCGAUGACUCAAGCGAUUCAAGCGACUCAGAUUCAGAUUCAACUGAUGACGAUGUUAGCUUUCCUUUUGAUAGGCAUUCACGUCGAACAGCCUAUAGCCGUGCAACCAAAAGCACCAGAACUUCUAGAUCUUCCUCUACUUCCUCCUCCACCAUAAAUGCAAAUAUUAUGGGAUGGAAGAAGAAAGGUGACAUGUUGCGUCGUAUUGGGGAAUGUCGUAAACGUGUUAUGAGUAUUGUCCGAUUGCUUGGUUCUAAGGCAGACGUUAUUAAGGGAUUCUCAAAGAGAUGUAACGAACAAUGGGAAGUUGCCCCACGUUCUGAGAUCGCUAUGUAUCUUGGAGAUAUCCAAGAUCAUAUAGUGACUAUGGUAUCAUCAUUGAAUCACUAUGAGAAGCUGUUGAGUAGAUCUCACUCUAAUUACCUUGCCCAAAUUAAUAUUGAUAUGACAAAAGUUAACAAUGAUAUGAACGAUGUUUUGGGGAAAAUUACUAUUCUAGGUACGAUCUUUAUGCCGAUGAAUAUCAUUACCGGUCUCUGGGGCAUGAACGUAAUUGUGCCUGGUCAAUUCAGCAACUCACUUCAAUGGUUUGUCAGCAUUGCCUUGUCUAUGCUUGUUUUGGCUUAUCUCGCUUACGUAUAUACCAGGAGGAGGUUUGGGUUUUAA